AUGUCUACUAUUAUUCGAAGAGGAUUAAUUAAUGAAACAGUUAGUAGAGCAUGUUCGUUAACUGAUUAUAAUAUUCGUACUGAUAUGCAUAAACAAUUUGAAUUUCGUAAACAAUUCAUUCUUGAUGAUAAAAUUCUUACAGAUGAUGAAAAAACUUUAGCAAUAAGAAUAAUAAAUGAGUUUUAUGAUCAAAAUAAAGUUCUUUCAAAUUCUGGAAUAAAAAGAAUUUGUGAAAAUUGUGAUCAAGAAUGUUUAGCAACAUUAUAUUGUGAAUUUUGUGUUCAAAAUUUUUUAAAAUUAAAUUUUAAAAAUUGGACAUCAGGAAAUUAUGAUAUUGAUAAUUUAAUACAAAAAUGUCAAUUAGAAACACUUAUGCCAAGUAAAGUAAUUGAAUGGAUUUCAUAUAAAAAUUUAAGGGAUAUUAAAUAUUUAACAAAAGGUGGAUUUUCUGAAAUAUAUACUGCACGUUGGAUUAAUGGAUAUUAUAAACAAUGGGAUUCUAAAAAUCUACAAUUAAAAAGAUUUGGAACUAUAAGAGUAAUACUUAAAAGGUUAGAAAAUGUUGAAAGUGCAAGUCAAAGUUGGUAUGAGGAGGCUAAAUCGCAUUUAACUAUAAACAAUAAACAUACUACCAUUGUUAAAUGCUUUGGUUUAACAAGAGAUAUACCAAAUGGAAAUUAUAUGCUUGUAAUGAUGGAAAUGGAUAUGGAUUUAAGAAAAUAUUUACAAAUUAAUAAUCAACUUACGUGGAAACAAAAAAUUAGAAUUGCUUUUGAAAUAAUUGAUUCACUUUUUUUCAUUCAUCUUGAAAAAGCAAUUCAUAGAGAUUUGCACUCUGGAAACAUAUUAUAUUCAAAAUAUAAUGAUCGUUGGUUUAUUAGUGAUCUCGGAUUUUGUGGACCCACUGAUAAAUCAUCGAAAAGUAUAUAUGGAAAUCUUCCAUAUAUAGCACCAGAAGUUAUUAAUGGAAAAGGAUAUACUUUUAAAUCUGAUAUUUAUAGUGUUGCAAUACUUAUGUGGGAAAUCUCAACUGGAUAUUCACCAUUUAUUGAUUAUGAGCAUAAUGAUUAUGAGCUUGCGAUGAAUAUAAUUGAUGGCAUGAGACCAGAAAUUGCGUCAGACACUCCUUUAGAAUAUAAAAGUUUAAUGAAGCAAUGUUGGGAUGAUAAUCCAUCAAAUAGACUUGAUAUUCAAUCUCUUCGGGAAAAAAUGAAUGAAAUUCAUCUAUUAUAUCAAAAUAUGCCAAAUGAAGUUUUUCAGGCAAAAAAACUAAAUAAUAUUGAAAUAAAAAUUAGUGAUACAAGUAGCAGAUUAUUUACAAGUAAAAUUUAUCAAUUUGACAAUUUACUUGAUCGAAAAAAUACAACAGAAGGCAUUAAUAAAGGAUUAUCUAAGGUAUUUAAACCGUUAAAGAUAAGUUCAAAGGAUGAUGGAUUUUAA